CAAAAUCUUCAGAUUUCAAUGACAUUAUUUUUAGUUACAUCAAAAUUUAUUAAAAAUAUUUUUCAACUUUGCAAGCAAAUAAAAGAUAUCUUUGUAACUGAAAUCCAAAUCAUUGAUAACACAAUUAUGUGUUAUAAUAACGAAGGUGAUCCUGUAUUCUUCGUAUUCUCUGAAGAUAUUACUACUAUUCUAUUAGAACAAGCCCGAAUGUCAUUGUAUCUAGAUGAUUUAAAAAGAACCGAUCUUCCAACCAGAUCUCUUGAAGAAGUGCAUGGUAAAAUCUGGGAAGAUCAGGUCACAUAUAUUAGAGACAAGAUGCGUCAAAAUCGUCUUGACCAGAUCUCCCUUCUUCAGUAUUAUUAUCUUUUGGGUGAAUGGUUAGAAGCUCAAUUUUGGAGUUCAGCUGCCAAAAAGUUUAUCCAAAUUAAUUUUUCUGUCAGCACUUAUCGUUAUACAUGGAAGGCAGCUUUGCGUGCAUAUCAAUUGUAUAAUGCCUGGGCAUUAGUCAAAGAAGCUCAACUAAUUAGGGCAGCUGAA